AUGGAACCCAUUACAGAGACAUCCGUGCUUUCCCAGGCUGUUGGCCGAAUUGAUCGUAUUGGGCAGCGUCGUACUAUUACAGUGCAUAAUUUUAUUGUAAAAGGAUCCAUUGAGGAAGAGAUCUACAAGAUUGUCAACGGAGGUGUGGAGCAAAGCAAAUGGACAUUGGCAACACUGUACCACGUGUUUGGCCUACCAGUAGACCUUGACCGAACAAGAUCGUCGCGAAGCGAGGCGGCUCUUAACCCACUUUAUUGCUUCCUCAAUUACCUUUUGCCUUUUCCCUAUUAA